CACUACUCCAUUCACUGACACGCACUCACUGCACAGCAAACCACAGGGGAGGCUGCUGCAAGCCUGGGACCUGCACACUCCCCUCCUAAUUCCCCACCUUCCUUUUUAACUUACGCCACUCCCUCUUGGAUGUAUUUUUGUUCUGGAUUUUUUUUAAUUGAAGGGAGACAAAAUAAAAUGAAGCAUGUUUCUCUGUUCACUAAUUAUGACUUGGUAGGGAAAAAUAUGCAUCGACUUACUUUAUUUUUAAUCCACUUUAUAGUUUGAUAUGCAUCCUGUAUAUUAUUUUUGCAUCAAUUCUUUUAUGUAGCUAUAUAAAGAUAUAGUAAAAGUACAUUUUUGAGUGCUCAGAGGUGUUAAGCAAUGACAUCUAUAGUGCCCCAGUCCUGAGAGCAGCAACUGGCUGUGCAAGUUAGAGAAGCAACAUCUGUAAAACUUGGAAUAAGACGGAAGGAGGAGGAGGAGGGAAAGAAAGGAGGAAAAAAAAAAGACGGGAAGAGAAAAAAAAAUGCAUGUGUGCAACUGAAAAAGGGGAUUUGAGCAGAGAGAAACUUUGCACCGGACCACUUUUUUUUGGAUUGGAAGUAAUGAGAAGACAACAUGGAAGCCCAGUCCCAUAGAACUACUGCAAGUGAGAAGAAAAAAGUAGAGAAUUCUAUUGUGAAAGGCCACACUCGAACCGAUGUAAGCGAAAAAGCUGUUGCCUCCAGUACAACUUCCAAUGAGGAUGAAAGUCCUGGACCGACCUAUCACAGAGAGCGAAGGAACGCAAUUGCAAUGCAACAACAAGGAGGGCAAAACCAUGGCAAGAUCAGUGAGGAGCCAUCUACGUCUAGCGAGGAAAGAGCCUCAGUAAAGAAAGAGAUUCAUGGAUCUAUUACGCACCUGCAUGAACCUUCAGUUCCGUACCGUGGCACUGUUUUUGCAAUGGAUCCCAGGAAUGGCUACAUCGAUCCACAUUACCAUCCACCUCACCUGUUCCCAGCUUUUCACCCGCCUGUGCCAAUAGAUGCGAGACAUCACGAAGGACGUUAUCAUUAUGAACCAUCUCCAAUCCCCCCUCUGCAUGUGCCUUCUGCAUUAGCAAGCAGUCCGACUUACCCAGAUCUUCCAUUCAUCAGGAUAUCCCCACACAGAAACCACGCUUCUGCGUCAGACUCGCCGUUCAGCCCUCCUCACCCGUACAUCAAUCCAUACAUGGAUUACAUACGAUCCCUGCACAGCAGCCCUUCGCUUUCCAUGAUCUCUGCCGCUCGAGGACUCAGCCCUACAGAUGUUCCACAUACUGGAGUUAGCCCUGCUGAAUAUUACCACCAGAUGGCUCUGCUUACGGGACAGCGCAGCCCAUAUGCUGACAUCAUUCCAUCUCCUGCAACUGGGGCUGGAGCCCUCCACAUGGAGUAUCUUCAUGCCAUGGAAAGUUCAAGGUUCCCUAGUCCCAGGCUUGCAGCACGGCCAAGUAGAAAACGGACCCUCUCCAUAUCUCCUCUCUCUGAUCAUAGCUUUGACCUCCAGACCAUGAUCCGUACAUCCCCAAACUCUUUGGUCACAAUUCUCAACAACUCCCGUAGCAGUUCCUCAGCAAGUGGCUCCUAUGGACAUCUGUCGGCAAGUGCAAUAAGCCCAGCUCUGAGUUUCACCUACCCCCCCACCCCAGUGUCGCUCCAACAGAUGCACCAGACGAUUUUAAGUCGCCAGCAUAGCAUAGGCUCAGCUUUUGGACACAGUCCGCCUCUUCUUCACCCAGCUCCAACAUUUCCCACUCAGAGAACUAUUCCAGGCAUCCCAACUGUAUUGACCCCAGUCCAGGUUAGCGUUGGUCCAUCAGAGGUGACACAGCAGAACAAGCCCACGAGCGAGUCUGCAGUCAGCAGCACUGGGGACCCAAUGCACAAUAAGCGCUCCAAGAUCAAACCCGAAGAAGAACUUCCAAGCCCAGGUGCAGGGGGCAUGCAGGAGUCAUGCACCCAGUGCACUCCAUUGCCGCUCCAGAUGUCUAAAUGGCAGGAUCAGCCAGAUGGAAUGACUCUAGUGAAAGAGGAGGGGGACAAAGAUGAAAGCAAACAAGAGCCUGAAGUGAUCUAUGAGACAAACUGCCAUUGGGAAGGCUGCUCACGAGAGUUUGACACGCAGGAACAGCUAGUGCAUCACAUAAAUAAUGAUCACAUUCAUGGAGAGAAAAAAGAAUUUGUAUGUAGAUGGCUGGACUGUUCAAGAGAGCAAAAACCAUUCAAGGCUCAGUACAUGUUGGUAGUUCACAUGAGACGACACACGGGAGAAAAACCACACAAAUGCACUUUUGAAGGUUGCGCGAAGGCCUACUCCAGACUUGAAAACUUGAAGACCCACUUGAGAUCCCACACUGGAGAAAAACCAUAUGUCUGUGAGCACGAAGGCUGCAACAAGGCUUUUUCUAAUGCCUCCGACAGAGCCAAGCACCAAAAUCGAACUCAUUCAAAUGAGAAACCAUAUGUGUGCAAGAUCCCUGGCUGUACAAAACGCUACACAGAUCCUAGCUCACUGCGAAAACACGUAAAGACAGUUCAUGGUCCAGAGGCCCACGUCACCAAGAAGCAGCGAGGAGACAUUCACCCAAGACCUCCACCUCCAAGGGAACCAGGGAGCCAUUCACAGUCGCGGUCGCCAGGCCAUCAAAUUCAGGGAUCACACGGAGACCACAGGGACCUCAGUAACACUACCUCAAAGCAUGAAGAAUGCCUACAAGUAAAAUCUGUUAAGACUGAAAAACCAAUGACAUCUCAGCCAAGCCCUGGUGGUAAGUCUUCAUGCAGCAGCGAGCAGUCCCCCAUCAGCAACUAUACCAACAGUGGCAUCGAGCUUACUCUAAACAGCGGAGGCAGUGUAGGAGACCUCAGUGCCCUGGAUGAAACCCCUAUCAUGGACUCUACCAUCUCGACAGCAACCACAGGACUUGGUUUACACGGCAGGAGAAUCAUGACAGGAACCAAAUGGAUGGAGCAAGUCAAAGUAGAGAGGAUUAAACAGGUUAAUGGAAUGCUUCCAAGACUGAACCCAGUUCCCCCUUCAAAAGCACCAACUCUCCCACCAAUCACUGGAAAUGGUUUGCAAAUGAGCAGCAACAACAAUUUGGGAGGAUCAAUGACUAUUCUUCCGAACCGAAAUGAGCUUUCUAGCAUGGACAUCACAGUGCUAAACAUGUUAAACAACAGAAGGGACAGCAAUACUAGCACAAUAAGUUCAGCGUAUUUAAGCAGCCGUAGGUCUUCUGGAAUUUCACCUUGUUUUUCCAGUAGAAGAUCAAGUGAAGCUUCCCAACCUGAGACAAGAGUUCAGAACAUAAGUGUUGCAGACUCGUACGAUCCUAUCUCUACUGAUGCGUCAAGACGGUCAAGUGAAGCAAGUCAGUGUGAUGGGUUACCAAGUCUCUUGAGUCUUACUCCAGCUCAGCAGUACAGGUUGAAAGCUAAAUAUGCUGCUGCUACAGGUGGGCCCCCACCAACUCCACUUCCAAAUAUGGAAAGAAUGAGCCUGAAAACAAGAAUGGCACUGAUGGGUGAUUCAAGAGAUAGUCGGUUAUCUCCACUCCCUUCAGUUAAUGUUCCUAGAAGAUGUAGUGAUGGUGGAGUAGGAACUUAUGGAAGAAGACAUUUAUUGCCAAAUGAGUUGCAAGGAAAUGGGAUGCGAAGAGCUAGCGACCCUGUAAAAAUGGUUUCAGAAAACUUUUCUAAUGCUAGAGUCCAGCGUUUCAACAGUCUUAACAGCAUCUUCCCUGCUGAUGUGGUACCUAUGGAAAGGCGAAACUUAAGUCUCCAAAAUUAUACCAGAAAUGGGUUUUCCCCAUGUCCUCCAAGUAUAAGUGAAAACGUAGCCCUGGAGGCUCUUAUUAUGGAAGCUGAAGGCAAUCUAGAUGACGUGGAUCUUCUGCCAGAUGACAUGGUUCAAUAUCUUAAUGCUCAGAACCAAAAUGUUUAUGACAACUCACAGAACAGUGACGCAGAUAAGCUGCAGCACAGUGCAGCAGUAAGUAAUGGUAAUAACUUUGAACAGCCUAAUUUAAUUAAUAACUCAAUAAAUCAGUCAUUCCACAAUUUGGAGCAAGUAGAUCAAGCAGAAAAUAAAAAUGACCUACCAAUUCAAUGGAAUGAAGUUAGUUCUGGCAGUGCAGACCAUUCCCCUUCUCGAUCCAGGUAUGGACAGCGUUUUGCCAUGCAGCCAAAUCGACCUUUUGGAUUGUACAAUAACAUGAUGGUUCAUCCACAGAAAACUGUGCUUCCACAACAAAAACACCAUCAUGUGCAAUACAACCCUCAAGUCCUACAACACAACCUUAACCUUUAUAAUAAUAAUAAUACAGUGAACAGUCAUCCAAGCAAAGGACAGCAAUAUAUUAACAACUCAAUCAAACCUUUGGGUUCUUCUGUCAUAGGAAAUUCCUGCAAUCCAGCAUCCCGAGGGCAAAAGUUAACAAACAGCAACUUGCAAAUUAAUACCAGUCAACAGAAUUUUAUACCGUCCAUGCAUUAUAGUGAGCAGUUGUCAGAUAUAGUUGAAGCAAUUCAGAAUCAAUACCUUAUUAACCAGGAAUAUAUGCAACAGAUGGCAACUGAGCACAUGAUCAAUGGCAUGCAUUUGUUAGGAGUAAAUAGAUCUAACCAGGCAGUCUUGGGACAAAGUGGCUCCACCUCCGAAACUUCACAGAGUUUCCCAUCAGUGCCUCAACACAUUGGGAAUCCUCAGUCAACUGCCACACGGAAUUAUCAGUCAUGUGCCAACAUUGGUGGAAAUAAUAGGUCAGAUGUGCAAAGGAACAACGUGUCAUAUCCUCAGCAACAAAUAAAUGAUACAAGCCAGCAAAUUUACAGAGUGAAUGGUAUUAAGGUAGAAAGUCAACCACAACAUAACUGUGCAGGCACCCAAAACUUUUCUGGUCAGUUCUAUGACCAUACAAUGGGAUAUAUACAACAAAACGGAAAAUCUGUUUCUCUCUCUGCUACAGAAGCCAACUGUCUUCUACAGGAAACUAAUAAAACUGAUUCCUCAGAGCUUCUGUCACCUGGAGCUAACCAGGUAACAAGCACAGUUGAUAGCAUUGACAGCAGCAGUUUAGAUGGCGUACAGAUUGAUUUUGAUGCAAUUAUAGAUGAUGGUGACCAUGCUAGCUUAAUUUCUGGAGUUCUGAGUCCAAGCAUCAUCCAGAAUCUCUCACGUAAUUCUUCGCGUCUUACCACUCCACGAGCGUCUCUUACAUUCCCAGCUAUGCCAGUCAGCACAAAUAACAUGGCGAUUGGGGACAUGAGUUCUUUGCUGACUUCCCUUGCUGAAGAAAGCAAGUUCCUUGCUGUUAUGCAAUAGAGUGGAAGAGGAAAAAUGUGUAAAUGAACAAGGAAGCAAUUUUUUAUUUUUUUUUAAACUACGCAUGUGCGUAUUUUAAUAAUCUCAUCCAAACUAAAUAGGAUGAAUUCCAAGUACAUUCCUUUUAUGGAAUACGGACGCAAACCCUAAAGUGUUGUAGGGAGAAAUAGUCUUCCAUUUCAACUCUGGAUCAGUAUUGUUAGCCCAAAACCAAGUCUCUUUAGUGUAAAUGUGUGAUAUCAUUGCAUGUUUGAAAUGUUAAAAAAAAGGCAAAGUUGAGUUAUGUUUAUUUGUCUUUUUAGAUGAUUGAUAUUGCUUAUGUAUAUUGUAAUGGGAGCAGAGACAUUUUUGUAAUUCACCAUAUCAACUUGACCCAACUAGCUCUUAAUUACACAGAUUGUUGGAAAGUUACUGUAAAAUGAAGUUACGCAUUGGAACCACAUCAGUUCACAUGUAUUUUUUUAUUCAAUGCAAACAACAGCAUUUUUGUUUCAUUGUAAAUGUAUUUCUGUCACGUUAAUAUUGUCAAGAACAGCAUGCAUUAUGAAUGGUACGAAAGGUUAUUAUUAAUGUACAAAAUGUUUAAGAUUUUGGUUUUAUAUUCUUUUUUCUUCUUCACCUAAAUAUAUAAUUGAGCUUGUAUUGCAAACAGGCAAUCAGUUAGGAUGGUUAUUCAUUAGCAAUGGGACUCUUUAUAGCAGAGGCAAUCAUUUGAAAUUGUAUGGCAUUAAAAUGUCAAACAUUGAUUCUUCUACCCAGUGGAAAAAUAGUCUUUGUAGAGCCAAGACAUAUACUAGAUUAUAUUGUUGCCCUGAAAAUUGAAAUAUUUUUCUUGUAGAAAGGGAAUGAUCCACUUGCCUAUGUUUUUUUUUGUAUUAUUAUUAAUAUUUUUUUAUUAAAAAAACACAGAGUGUUUGCUACACUUGUAUAGGGAAAACAGGUACAGUACUUGAUUUCAAGAAUCACUUUGGUCUGCGUAACCCAAACACAACUUCAGUAAUUAUGUUGUGGAAAAAAAAAGGUACUCGUUUUAUGUUUUUGUACCCAUUGUUGUUAAAUGAUGUUUGUUUUUUAUGUUCAUAUUGUAUCAUUUUAUUGUUCAUUACACAGCAGUGUUGUAGGACAUUCUUGAAAUGUGCCUUAUUUUGUGUUGAAUCGUUUAAUGGGGACCAAGAAUAUUGCCAAAUUGUAGUUUUGCUACUUUUCCAGUGCUUUAGUUCAGCAGAUAGCACACCACUGUUACAAGCAUAUGAACUCAUACGCAUUUCACAUCUGUGUUUGCACAUUUUUCAACAGAGAGAAAAGCCUAUUAUGGCUCAUACUGCAAACAUGAUGAAAAUUUUUAUUUGACACUUAAUUUUUUAUAUUGAAGUGUGUACUCCUUUUUUUAUCAUGUAAAUAAAUACCUUCACGUGCAGUAGGGGUAGAACUUAUGACAGUGAAAGCCCUGUUAGCCAUGGUUCAAUAUACACACGCAGCAGUCUAAUAGUCUUAAACCUUGGGCCUGCCUGAAGGAUCUGUAGCACUAUGUACACAGUAACUGUACUUUUUGCUCUCAGAACCACUUAGCUUUUUUGUAACAAAAAAAGAAAGACAAAAAAAAUUCUUACAUCAAUAAAAAAUACUUUGUACAUAAA